AUGGCAAACACGUUAGGUUUAUCUUACAUACAAUUGAAAAAUUGCAAAAAGAGCCGUAUCACCGCAACAUGCCGACAGGUUAUCAAAGAAAUAUAUUCAUCCAAUGAACAACGGGCGAUGGAACGUAUUUCGACUAUGUGCCCAAACAGACUUCAGGCAAUUCGUUCCUUCGCCCGAUUAGCACACCCAAAAGCAAAGAAAACGUCUACGUACAUCCUCAACAAUGCGAUCGGCAAUGUUUUUGCACAUGCACGACUAUGA